AUGUCCAAUAUCAUGGUUCUCUCCCCGGCCCUUAAUGGCCCUGAUUCGUCGGGCAGUUCUAUGAAAAUCACAAUAUAUCGUCUGUUAUUGUUCGGAUCGGGAUUCAGACGCGGAGCGAUCAUGACGACAUUCCUCGUCUUUUCAGCAGUCGCUCUAAUUGGAGAAUGCAAAGCUGCUCUCCCCCGAGCGGAUCUUCGUCACGCGUUACGAUUCGGCUCGCAGUACACUGUGACUGGGCUUGUGAUUAUGCCCAGUCUCGAGAUCGAGGAACCGUUCAUCGCUUACAUUGAUGAGAGCUCAGGAAAGUCUAGAGUGGACUACUACAAGGGCGAGAUGAAGACGUUUCAGAUUGAUUCGGAGUUUUCGAGAAUCUAUUGGUCGCUAAAUAGCGAAACUCAUGCUACCGAAGUGCAUUGCCAUACCGUGAGUGCAAGCGGGCUCCAAGAGCCCACAGGAGUGCUCCCGGACUUGUCCGAUUUAGAAUUUGUGCGCGAAGAAGCCUGCAACACCGACUCGAAUGCUUCAUUCCUUGGAGAAUCAGGCAGCUCCCCUCUGUGUCUUCGAUAUGAGAGGAUCUUGAAGGAUCAGGAUCGCGAAACUAAACUAGUUUUCUGGACUUCCCGGGAUGCGGACGCGGGUUUCAUCCCAAAACGGUACCGCGUGACAGGUUACGAUAAUUUUCUGAAAUCGCGACUCGACGAGUACGAGGUAAUCUAUCUCCAAUUCACAAUCGGUGACCUGGACGAAGAUGUCUUCGAUAUCCGAUCGGUAACCGAUAAACCUUGCAUCGCUGCCACGACGAUGUCCGAACUUUCCGGCUACCGUCUUCUCAACCCUAUGAGGGGAUUCGUUCACAAUGACGUAUCUCGUGUGUGA